CGAGGGGGAGGCUCGGCCAGUGUGGGGUGGCCGUGGUGAAUUGUGUGCUGAAGGGCCCGAACCGAACGUGGACGACCGUCGCGCCAUGCGCUUGGAAACGCUCCUGAGCGUACCAGGUGGCAGGACACGCCCAGGCCGGGCGUCACGGCAAAGAGAAAGUGAACAGUCGACGGCAUAGCCAGCUGCAAGUUGUGCGGACAGCGGUAACAUGCCGACCUAGAAGCUCUGAAUGAAGCGCCGGUCAAGAAUGGCUUUGCUGAUUAACUACUCAUGGAUUGUGGCAGUGCUCCUCGUCUUCAGCCUAACGCAUUCGAGUCACGCGUUAACGGUGGAAGCGCCGUUCUCCUGGAAGGGGCUGCGCGGCUCUGUGUCACUGGAGCAGGAGAGCCCCGACCACAACGUUACCAUCACCGUCGAUGUCACCGUCAUGGAGGAGGAGGCCAAUGGCACGUACCGGCUGCAGGUCAACCAGUUCCCGGUGGACUACAGCCGAGACGACUACUGCGCCUCAGCUCACCUGGGCAAGCGGUUCAAUAAGCUAGCAGGCCUGGAUGACAUUGAGCUUCCUUCGGACGGCGUGGUUACCAUGGAAACAGAUGAGAUCAGCCUGUUUGGCGCCGACACUCCGUUGGGCCGCAGCAUCUCGCUAGACGGGCCCAGAACUGUCUGCUCCACGAUACAGGCGCCCUCCCUGGAGUACCUGGUGGCGGAGGCUCGCUUCCAGACGCCCGUGGCGGGCACCGUGUUCUUCCGCCAGUACCGCAUCAACGGCACGCAGCACACCGGCGUGCUGACAGACAUCGCCCACUCGGGCAGCACCAAGCCCACCUCGUCGGAGCACAGCUGGAGCAUCAUGGUCACGGACGUCCUUGACACUGCUAGCGAUGAGAUGCGAGGCUCGUGCAACUUCCUUCAGCUGGUGUACGACCCGACCAGCGCUGACGCUGCCCGCUGCAGCGACGACACGCCACAGUUCUGCAAGGCCGGUGACCUGCUGCACCGACUCGGCAAGGUCAAGGUCACCGGUCGAAGGUCGCGCUUCUCCAAGCAGUUCUGGUCUUCGGACACGCUGGAGCUCCCGCCGCUCAACGGCUACCGCAGCGCGUACCUGGUGCUGUACGAGGAGGCGUACCCGGACUCGAUCCUGGCCUGCGCCAAGCUGCGGCUAGUGCGGCCGCGCACUGCCCGCGCCUUCCUCUCCUACGACGGCGUGCGCGGCGUGGUCGGCCUGAGCCAGCGGUCGCGCUUCGAGCCCACCCAGCUGCUGCUGAACAUCAGCGGGCUGGCCGGCCGCGCCGCCACCUUCGGCAUCCACACGCUGCCCGUGCCGCCGCGCGACGGUCGAGACGCGUCCCCGUGCGCUCGCGUCGCGAACGUCUACAACCCGACCGAGGUGGACGCGGCGCUGACGGAGCCGGCCGGCGCCGCCACGCACGACCAGUACCCGCUGGGAGACAUCAGUGGCAAGCACGGCCGUCUCACCGGCCUGGACAGCUUCGAGUCGGCCGUGACGGACUUCCGGCUGCCGCUGUGGGGGCCGCGCUCCGUGGUGGGCCGCUCGCUCGUGUUCACCACCGCCGAGGAGGAGGAAAAGGAGCAGGGGGCACCGAACAAGCCGUGGAUCUGUGCCAACCUGCAGGACACGCGCAAAAUGGUGACGGCGGCGGCCGUGUUCCGCUUUCCGCUGGGCGGUCGGGUUCUCUUCUACCAGCCGGAGGACGAGCCCGAGGAGGACACCACCGUGCUGGUGGAGGGUCUGCUCUUCAACGACGGCUCGAUGAACGGCUCGGACUGGCACCGCUGGUACGUCAACGAGCUGGUGCCCGGCGCCGACUUCCGCAACUGGAGCGGCCGCUGUCUCAGCGCCGGCGACCACUUCAACCCCUACUCGGUGAACGUGAAGUCGCGCCUGUACGACCGCUCGUGCGGUCCGGAGGACAUGGGCAACUGCGAGGUGGCAGACAUGGUCGGCAAGCACGGCACGCUCAAGCUGGCGGCGCUCCGACGCAAACUCAACGAAACUCGGCGGAUGUGGACGGACACAAACCUGCCGCUCUCCGGGGCCAGCUCCAUCAUCGGUCACAGCCUCGUCAUCCAUGACGACAACGGCCCGCGGGCCCGCGGGGACCGCCUGGCUUGCGUCGAGAUUAUACGACUAUUCCGGUAUAAAGGAGUGGUUAAGGAAUGGGCCUACAACGGAGACAAGAAAGGUGCCAUCUCCGGCAAGGUUGAGUUCAUCCAGGAGUCUCCGUACAGCAUCACCAACACGGAGACGGAUCUGAUGGGUCUGGAAGGCAUCGCCGGAGGCUAUCACAUACACCUGGUUCCAGUACACCGGGACAACGAGUUCCCGUGUCACAAUAUUGCUCUGGGCGGUCAUUACAACCCAUACAAGCUGAACCCGGCUACUUCCCCGCCGCCGGGGUACGGUUCCAGUGACCAGUACGAGAUGGGCGACAUGAGCGGAAAGUACGGCAUGCUCACCAACCAGUCGGCGGUGGAGAGAUUCAACAACGACACGAACCUGCAGCUCUUCGGGCCGCAGACGGUGCUCGGUCGGAGUGUGGUCAUCCACCGCGCCGGCGACAACUCACGGUGGGCGUGUGGCAACAUCCUGUGGGGCUACUCGUCAUCAGAGGCGCGCCAGGUCACCGCCAUCGCCUCCUUUCACCACCCCAAGGGCUACGCCUGGGGAUACAUACGCUUCAGCCAGCUGGUAUACCACACCGGAGGGCGCAGUGAGACGGUGAUCGAGCUGAACCUGCGUCAUCCGGGCGCCAAUGACCGAAACGUCACCAGCAACCACAACUGGGCCAUCUUUGUCAACCCGGUGGGCCACGACGCGGCAGUGCAGUUCUUCACGUCUCGCUGUACGGCUGGCGGCUACCGCUGGAACCCCGACUUCAUCCACCUGGCCAACCCCAACGCCCAUGACUUCUACAACGAGGAGUGCAGUCCAGAGACGCCUCUGCGCUGCGAGAUCGGUGACCUCGGCGGUCGGCUAGGCACCAUCAACCUCGGACAGAAGCGGGUGGUCAUGUCUGACCCCAACCUGCCGCUCGAUGGCGAUUUCUGGCACAGUGCUAUUGGCAAGUCGGUCAUCAUAUUCGAGGCCAACCGGGGCUCAAACCGCUACGCCUGCGCCAACAUCGAGCCCGACUUCGACAUCAUCAAGCGCGUCUCCAUCCGGAAGCUGCCCAAAUUCGUGGCGUCACAGUUCAUCCACGCAGUGAGACAGGUGCUGCAGGCUCCAGAAUGGUUCAUUUUCAUCGACGAACAAGAAACCCUGGAGAUCAAACUUGGGAAGAUGCGUCCUCAAGCGCAGAAACUGCAGUACGACUUCAACCGCCUGUUUUCGUUUGGCCGUGUGGACGGUCCGACCAUCUUCAUCCCGGGCUACUUCAACUCGGCCAGGAAGAACACGGUGCCCUACGACCUCUGCGGAGCGCUCGACCCCGAAGACACCGAGCGAUACCAAGACCUGCAGGGUAACGCAUUCAAACUCCCCGACUUCUUCGGAUCGUCGCGCGGGCGUAUGGCGGCGCCGUCGCUGGUCAUCGGUGUCGCGCUCGCCGCCAUGUACCGUCUGCUGGUGUGA